CCCAUUCAUAAUUGGGCAUUCGCGGCAGAAGACCGGACUAAGAAAAAUAUUGGAAACCUACAGAUAGAAGCAAAAUGAAAGUUAUUACGGUGUUUUUCUUCAUUCUUCCGAUGUUCUUUGAAGUAUCGGACGCAACAAAAUGCGACUGCAAGCAUGAAUACAGAAGAGUGGGGUGUUUUAAGGAUAAGAGAAAUGAUAGAACUCUACCGGAGAUGCUGACGAAUGAAAGAGACCAAACAAGUAACUAUUACCAUGGCCAUACCAUCGAUUGGUUCAAGUGGUCUACAUACAUGCCAGAAAUGGUGUGUCGCUGUGCUGGACUGGCUGCGAAGAAAGGGCAUAGAUAUUUCGCCAUCCAAUUCUGGGGGGAAUGUUGGAGUGGUCCAGCAACUGAUAAGAACGAUAUCUCGAAACAUGGAAAAGGCAUAGAUUGUUACGGACCAGAAUACAAGCGGUGUAAAAAAAGUGAUGAAAACUGCGUCGGUUCAACCGCGCACAAUUUCGUGUAUGAAACUUAUCCAUGCGACGUCAAUUUUGAAAAGAUUGGCUGCUUCAGCGAUAGAUCUCGACCUCGACCUCAGCAAGGGAAUGAUCUUAUCCUGACGGCACGCCAGAAAAAUACGCGUGCCGAAUUCUUUGGAUGGAUUGACUGGUGGAAUUAUGACAUUUUUCUCAGAAAAUUUGCUUGUAAGUGUGCUAAGAAAACGGCUGAAAAUGGACAUUCGACAUUUGGAAUGCAGUUUUACGGAGAAUGUUGGGCCGGAUUGAAAUUUGAGAAAAGAUAUUACAUAAAGCAAGGGAGAUCUAAUGCAUGUAUAAACAAAUGCUAUAAACGAUGUCGACGUUCAGAUCCACUCUGCAUGGGCAGAGGUCUUACCAAUGCCGUCUUCCGCAUAACUUCUCCAUGCCAAAUGAAAUACAAUGGUUUGGGUUGUUACCAAGCAACAAAAAAAGACUUGAACAUGGAAUGGAAGCUUUUACUGAACGAGGUAUCCCCAAGAGGUAGAAGAUUUAGAGGCAACCUGCUGCAAUUUGAUGACUCCUGGGAUGAGAUGUUUACUAAAUUCCUAUGUCGUUGCGCACAUGCUGCCAAGGAUGCAAAAUACGGUCACUUCGCUAUUCGUAAAAAAGGACAGUGUUGGGGUGGUCCAAAAUCUGGAUGGAAGGAAAACAUGUUUGAGGAGAGCACAAAUUGUGUUAAAAGAAAAUCUGAAACCUGCGAUGAUAAUAUGAAAUGUGCUGGGAGGGGCGACAGUAUUAGUCUCUUUGAAUUGGCUGUUGAAUAGAAGAACGUACAAAAUCAUUCAGACGACAUUUGGAACAAAACGGUAAUAGACAUGGCGAUAACACGGACAAUCGAGUUUAAAAUUACAUUAUAUUCAUAUAAUAAUUAAUAUUGUAGCUGGUGGAAUUAAAUUAGAUUUACUGCAUUUAA